AUGCGACAUCCCUAUUUAAAUUCAUUUAUUUUUAAUAUAACUGCAAAUAGUCUUCCAUUUGGUACUCAUCGUAUACGUUCUAUUGAUAUUGAUCAAAUUACUGUUUCAAUUAUAUUACAUUAUAAACUCGAUAGAAAAUUUCAUCAAUUAGAAUUACAAUAUGAGAUUAUACUGCAAUUGAUGAUAAUAAUAAUAAAAAAAGUUAUUUAA